GCAUGGAGUGUGCCAGGCACAUUUUCCAUCACAUGCCUUUUCCAGCCUGGCAGCCAAAAGGAAAUGGCUUAGGCCCAAUGCUGUGCGCUCUCUGCAGACGAUCGGCAACAAGCAGGAAGCUGGUGGUAUCCAGCAGCACGUACAUGAUCCUGCGACGUGCGAUGCGAAAGGCCGGCCUACAACAGUCAAGUGUGCCAUCCUGCAUCUUGCUAAAGGGUACCUGAGGGAACCUGGUGGUGGCGAUGGCGAUAAGGGGCACGCCGGAGGCGGUAAUGUGGGUGGCGAUGGCGACACGGGUGACGCUGGGCACUUGGCCAUGCCAGGUACAUCACGGACGUUUCAUUCGCCGAUAACCUCACAAACUACCAGGGAGCCAGCCGACGUUGCAUGGACCCCGAGCGCCUUCACACCCGGCGGCAGCCAGGGCUCGGCGCCGACUCCCGACCGUGGAACAACUUUGGACGCAGCUGUGGAGCUCGAGCAGAUUGAUGCUUACAUGGAGGUGGAAACCGCGGAGGAAGAAGACGUGAACGUCGGAGCGACGGCGGAGGACGACUGUCAUUGGGGCACCCGCAGUGCUCUCGUCUCCGAGCCCCAGCUGAGGGAGCUAGCCGACACCGCCGCGGUGCUCUGCACCCGUUGCGGUGCUAGGUGUCACGUGAAUGUUACUCGUAUCACCGUAUCGUUCACGGUCACGUCGGAAUGCAAAGCAUGUGCCACUGUCACCAAUAAGUGGGUGUCAACGCCGAAGGAAGGCCACACAAUGGUCAUAGACACCCUACUUGCUGCGGCCGUCGUACUCAGCGGCAGUCAUCUGGGAAAGCUGAACAAGAUGUUGGCCUUCGCAAACGUAGGGCAGCUCAGUCGAACGACGGACGGCCGUAUCACACAAAGGGUUGUAGCACCAGUGCUUGAAGAGGCGUUCAACAAGACUCUAACUGAAAACCGAGAGGCGGCUCUCGCGGCAUCACCUGACGGUCUUGUCGUUGCUGGACGUUUGACUUCCAGAGUUCGCCCGCGCUGCACCGCGAGUGUGGGUUGAGUGGCGCGCCUGCCUGCGAGGGCGGCUGUCUACGCACCGCUGCUGGGCCACGCCCCCGGAGGAGGUGCGACCAGGCCUGCCGCACCGCUGCACCGGCUGCCGGGCGCCGAUUCAAGUAGAUGUUUUGUCAUUUGUCCACUAUUUUCAUGUCAUAGCUGCUUUGCUUCGUUUUGUCAUAUUAGUUAUCAUCAUUUGGCACGACUGCUAGCCCUGCUUGCUUACCCUGGUGGACGUAAUACGAUGUUCAUCAAGGACCGGAAGCUCCUGAUGAAUUGUCAUAUGCGGUUCGUGGGCGAGCGACAGGUCAGUUUUCAUAUCGUUGGAUGCGUAAUCGCCGAGGAUGUGUUUCUUUGCUACGUAUGUUUUGUCGAUUCGAAAAACAGGCUGAACAAAUGACUCCACUUGGCUGUGCUUGGCUGAAAGUGGUGUGUGCAUUGUAUCGGAUGUGCUUUUGGCCCAUGAUACAUAAGAUGCAGAGUUAAUACAGGAAUGCACGCUU